AUGAACAUACGUCUCAAGAACAAUUCCGCUUUAGUCUAUCUCCCCGAUCCAGUGCAGCCUUUUGCCAACACGGCCUUUUCUCAGUCCCAGAUCUAUCACUUGGAGAAAGAGCAAGGUAACCUGUGUGUUUGCGACUGGGUCACGAGUGGACGUUCCGCACGCGGAGAGAACUGGGAUAUCUACGAAUACAAGAGCCGCAACGAGGUCUGGACCGUAGACGAUGCCGGCGAAAGGAGACUGCUUCUACGGGACAACCUCAUUCUAGACAAGCAUGGGAAGACGGGGCUGCUACUCUCAUCACGUAUGGACAGCUAUUCUGUCUUCGGCACCUUGAUCGUUCGUGGCCCCAUCUUUUCGUCACUGUCAAAGUUCUUCUUGGAUGAGUUCGAGGCACUACCGCGUAUUGGUGGGAGGAACUGGGGCGACGCGGUGCAGCCAGAGCUUCAAGCGCAUGAGCAGAGGCGGUAUGAGAGGCAACAGAGAGAAAAGGCCGAUGGGUUGAUAUGGAGUGCUGCGAACGUGAGAGGCUUUGUCCUAGUCAAGUUCGCCAGCAGGGAAGUUGAAGGCUCGAGGAACUGGCUGAGAGACAUGAUCAAGGAGGAAGGGUCGCUGUUGAAUGCAUUUGGGGAAAGGGCAAUUUUGUGUUUGAAGUAA